CUUAUAUUCCCUGCUCCUGCCCUCAGCCAUAUUGAAACUGCACUUUCCUACAUUGGCUGCUCGGGAAGGCGGCAGAACUUAAAACGGUCGCUUUAUUGUAUUUGGAAUUUAAAUAUUUUGCCCGCAGGAAAAGUUACCAGUGAUUGUUGGACUCUUGGCUUCUACAGCCGUUUGUCGGUUGCGUUGAGGCAUCUGAAAGAUGGUGGACCGCUUGGCGAACAGCGAGGCCAACUCUAAACGCAUUGCAGUCGUUGAAGCCUGCUUCGGCACGGCAGGCCAACCUCUGGCUAUUCCAGGUCGUGUGCUCAUCGGAGAGGGCGUCCUCACAAAGCUGUGCCGCAAAAAGCCCAAAGCUCGGCAGUUCUUUCUCUUCAACGACAUCCUGGUGUAUGGCAACAUCGUUAUCCAGAAGAAAAAGUACAAUAAGCAACACAUAAUCCCUUUAGAGAGCGUCACCAUAGACACCGUAGAGGAUGAGGGCGAACUGCGCAACGGCUGGCUCAUUAAAACGCCAACCAAAUCAUUUGCCGUCUACGCCGCUACGGCAACGGAGAAAUCCGAGUGGAUGAGCCACAUUAGCAAGUGCGUCUCGGACCUGCUAGAAAAAAGCGGGAAAUCUCCCACCGGGGAGCACGCGGCAGUGUGGGUCCCUGACUCGGAGGCGUCCAUAUGCAUGCGAUGCCAAAAGGUGAAAUUCACGCCAGUCAGCAGACGCCACCACUGCAGGAAGUGCGGAUUUGUUGUGUGUGGCCCCUGUUCGGAAAAGAAGUUCCUGCUUCCCAGUCAGUCAUCCAAACCAGUGCGUGUGUGUGAGUUCUGUUACAAACAACUCUCAACGGGCGCCACCCUGCCCCCACGCUCGGACUCCUACAGUCGGCACGGCCCUGAGUUCUCCACCAACAACAUAUCUGAUGACGAAGAUGAGGAUGAUAGCAGUGACUGAGGGCGUCAGUCUGCCUGCCCACUUUUAGGACUAAUGACAAUCCACAGAUCCCAAUAUUAUAGUUUCUCUCAUUUUCUUUCAGGGUUUGCAAAGGUUUUUCCAACCAUUUUAUUCCUGUGGCAAUAAUACUCUUGAAGCAAACCAGUAAACGUACCCUAAACCAUUAAAAGCCCUGUGCAUAUGAACAAAAGGUUUGAUUGGAAUUGUUGUAGUUCCUCUGUAUUUCUGAACACUACUUGCAGGCUUGCUUUACUUUUUGAUUCAAGGCACCUCUCACUCUCAUAGUUUUAGCCUCUUAAAUGUAGAUUUAUUUCGGUAACACUUUACAAUAAGGUUCUAUUUGUUUACAUUAGUUAAUUUAUUAGGGAUCAUGAACUAACAAUGAACAAUAUUUUUAUUAGCAUUUAUUAAUCUUGUUUAAUGUUAAUUUAUAGAAAAUAAAAUUAUUUAUUGUUAGUUCAUGUUCAUAAUGCAUUAAGGUAUAAAAUUUUAAAACUGUAUUACUAUAUGUUGAAAUGACCAUUAACCAAGAUUAAGAAGUGCUGUAAAAGUAUUGUUCAUUCUUAGUAAUGUUAACUAAUGUUAACAAAUAAAACUUUAUUGUAAAGUAAUACCUUUAUCUCUUUAGAUUGUAUCUGUAGAUUAUUCUGUUCCUCUGGACUUAUUUCAAAUAGCUGUCUUAUCUAGAAAUAAGCUAGCUAUUUGAACUAAAGAGAAAUGCAUUCAGAUUAUCAGAAUAGUUUAUAAGAACAUCGUAUGCCCUUAAUUCUACUAUGUCCUGAAUACUGAGAAUCUUCACUAACAUUUCUUUAGAUAGCUCUUCUCUCACCCCCUUUUCCUUGUUGAUCUGUUUUCAUUCUUAUUUGCUACCCUUUUACCCUAAACUACCCUUUAGUUUUGUCUUCUACUAUGCUGCUAUCCGCUAGAGUAGAGAACGUUAGGUGAUGUGAUCGCAGACUGUUCAAAGAUGUUCGUUCACUGCACAAACCCUCAGGUGAAGCCAUGUAGCGCAUUAUAACUAGUUUUGCAACAGGUUCAGUUGUUUUACACAAGGAGCUGCAUUUAUUGCAACUUACCACUAACAAACCAUGAAAGUGUGUGUUCUGGAGAAGGUCUCCAGAUUAAAUUCCUGUCUGUUACUCGCUUUAGUCGGUAGACUGUUUCCAGUAAUUGCAAAUGAGAAUACAGAUAGAACCUCUUGUAAGCUUGUAAAUGUGUAUAUAAUGCUGCGAGGAGUAAGUCUAUUGCAAAAUUCAUCUGACAAGGUCGCUGCUGCCUCAGUGCCUUCUUAAUUAUUUAUCCUCAGGAAGUAGAUCCAGGUGAAGCAGUUUAUUGACUCUUGUCUCUUCUGUAUUGAUCCCUGUGUUUAAGACCUGGCUUCAAUUGAUGGCACAUCAUAAGUAUGGAUUUAUUGACAUACCCUGUCUAAAUGCACAUGGGUCCAAUUUAAUGAUUUUCUUUUUAUUUUUUUUUUGAUAUACCACAUUUUUCUGUGUUUCUGUGUUGUGACUGCAGUUUUGAUCAAAACUAGACAAGAUGUACAGAUGUGUUUCUAGUGAAUAUAGUUCAAAUGAUUACAUUGGCUCAGUCCAAAUGGCUUUUGGACAGUCUGAUGAUACCAGUUGUCUGAUUAUGGCCUGAGAUUGUUUCCGGGUCGUCAUGCAAGAGUUUGUGACAGCAGUGGUCUUGCUUACUCAUGAUGUUGCAUCAGUACCCCACGAGUUCUGAACUACACUGGUAACUCACUCCAGCCCUGACUUAAACUCUACAGAAAGCUAGCAUGCAGCCCACAGGAACUGGGAAGUGCACGUCACUAAGGCGAAGGACGCCCUAUCCGUUCUCCGUGCUCUCUCAUUGGAAUCUUUGUGUUGGCAAUGUCACAUGCCUGACGGUCAAUUCUACACUUGUUGAACAGGAAUUGAAAGCAUUAUGAGGAAGUGACUGCCACACAGCCUGCUUUUGAUUCAAGGCUGUUUUUAUACAAGAAAACCUGCACUAACAGCUUUCCAAGUGGUGGUUUUAUUAAUGACCGUGUCGGAAGACUGUUUAAGAGACAUGACUGAAAACGUUUCAUUAACGAUCUGAGUUUACUCCUUCCUGCCAAGUUUACAGUUGAUUUUGUUCAAGUCAAGUCAAGCUGGUGAAAGAAUCAUCUAUACUGCUAGAGAACCUUGUGUCUCAGUAAUUAAUAUUUGAUCACCUGUGAAGAUGGCAUAUGUUGUUUGUUAGAUUAACAAAGCUGACACUUAAAAGGGAUAUUUAAUUAACCUUGCUUUGGCUAAAGGCCAAAGUUCACUUUGGUUUUCCACGUGCCGGUACGCCUCGCGCACAUUGCACUGACGCAAAUUUAAUCAACAGCACAGUACUACACACGAAGACAGUCCACUUCUUUGUGCAUUGUUGACGCAUACACCUGCCAUUGACUGUGCUAACAGUGUAUCACAAAGCAGUCUAAGUACACAUGCAGCGAAAUGCGUCCGUAUGGGCUCACGGUCAAAAGAGUAUACUUUGAGAGGCCAAGUGCUCGACCCAGCGCGAGACGGAAUGGCACGCGGAAAAACAGAGUAUAACCUAGUCCUGAUUCUUCAUAGACAGUCGCAAUAACAUAGACAUAUGCAAUGACAGAUAAAUGAAAAGCAUUUUUUGCUUUUGCAAAUAGAAAGACUUAUUUGUGAUUUAGAAGUAGGAUUACAGUGAUUUAUCUCAAGGUAAUCUAAUCUUGCUUUUGGAAUACAACCAUAGCUUCCAGAACAAUGUUUGAUUUAAUAAAUGGUUUUAAUUGUUUCCAACUUUAACCUGAUGAUAUUCUGAGAUAUUUUUUGUUUGUUUUAAUUAUGCUUAUGUUGUUAUCUGAAAUGAUUGCUUUGUUUUAAUUUUGCAUAUGUUAUAAACUUUGUACAGUUUUUAUAUAUAUAUAUAUAUAAUUACACACACACACUUAGUUGGGCUUGCAGGUUUUUUUUUUUUUUUUUCAUAGUGUUCAUGUGUGUGUGUUUCCUGAACACCUCUGGAUCAGAUACCAGCAAUUUAUUCUCUCUGCAAACCACAAGAGGGGGGAGGGGCUUGCGUAGGAUGUGGGCAGGGAAUACUACAUCUUCACACACAGGAGGAGCCUCUGUGUGGGCUGUAACUAAUCAUAACAGUCUGGCUGCAAAUGCAAGAGAAUUUGUGAUUCUUUUUCAAAGGUUGAGCAAAACUUAAGAGAUCAUCAGUUUGCACUCACAUGGCACAAGUGGCAACCGAUAAAGCAGAGAGUGGAGGGUCAACAUAAUUUGCAAUUACUUUCUAUUUGUUUCUUUAUCUGGUUUGAUUUCUUAAAGAUUUGUGUAAUUUAUGGUUUUCUCUUUGGAUGGAUUUUGGGGAUUUUUUUAAUUCUCAUUGAAAAUUUUGAAAGGGCUGAAAACUGUAAUCUAUAAUAUAAUUAUUGAGAGAUGAAUUUUUAGGGAAAUAUAUUCAUAGCUUAAACUCUUGCGUCUUGUCAUUUACCAAAUCUUACACCGCAAAGUAUCAAUGGCUCCGUCUCAGCAGUACUAAUGACACUAGAAGUAGGACUUCG